GAGACUGCGAGGAAAGCCAAGCGUUCUGUGACCGCCAGCCAAGUAUCUCGGCUAUAACGGCUUCCACUCGCCGUGCACAUAUCGAUAGCGUGAGGACACGGAUUAUGUUGGUCGGGGCGUUGAUUUCGUCAGACUGGCCUGUCAAGCGCCACACAUCUCCACCCUCGCUUAUAGUCGACUGAGAAACCAGGUUGACGUAACCGUGUCGGGAGGUCGGUCGUCUGUCUGCUCGAGCAGCCGACACAACCAGUAGUCGCCGCAGUGGCUUCGUCAGGUGAGGGUCGAGAGUAGUGGUGGUCGACAGGCGAAACACGAACGAGUACACAGGCGAUAGAUAGAUAGCGUGGGACUUGUUUGUCGAGGAUACUCUGUGACGUUUUACUACUACUGAUACUGAGAGAUUGUUUACUACUGAUACUGUUUACCAGUGAUGUCGUGACUAACAUUGAUCGUGUGUGACUAUUUACCAGUGGUAAUUGGUGUAAUGUGACUGUUUCCAUGUGAUACUAAAAUGACUUGCCAGCACUCCCGGAUGCGGAUCACAGAGGUGAACCCCCACCUGCUGUGUGCGCUGUGUGGAGGUUACCUCAUCGAUGCCACCACCAUCGUCGAGUGUCUGCACUCGUUUUGUAAAACCUGUAUUUUGCGGUAUCUUGAGACGAGCAACUAUUGUCCUAUCUGUGAGGUGCUAAUACACAAGAAGAGGCCAUGGCAAAACAUACGACCCGACCAUGUUCUCCAGAAUGUUGUGUAUAAAAUGGUACCAGGGCUCUUUAAAACGGAAAUGAAAAGACGACGAGAAUUCUAUAACAACCGACCUUGCACAGGAUCCUGUGAGUCUGCUCCUGGCACGACAAACCGAGUUAUCUACUCACCUGACGAGGAGUUCAGUGUGUCUCUACAGUUCUGUUCCAACGGAAAUCCGCUUGACAGUCCAGCAGACCAAGUAAAGCACAUAGAGCGCAGAUACUUGAAGUGUCCAGGGGCGUUUACCGUGUCUCACCUGAAGAAAUUCAUCCGUCUUAAAUAUUCAUUGCCACCGCACAUCAAGAUCGACCUCCACUACACCGACGAGCCGCUGCGAGACCACUACAGUCUGAUUGACGUCGCCUACAUCUACUCCUGGAGACGGCAAGGUAUCAUGAAACUGUUUUACGCCUUCUAUCAAACCCAGGAGAAAAAGACUGCAAUAUCUGUAAAACCAGAAACCAACAUCAAACCGGAAGACGUCUGCUCGCAGAUCGAGGACAGUGUAACCAUGUCAACCGAGGUGAAACCGGAAACGUGCGACGUUUCCCAGACAGCAGCAACAGUGCAAUCGCCAGGCACCAACCAGACCGAGGAACGAACCGAACAGUCCACAGAGCGCGAGAAUGAUUCCGUCUCGGUGGAACCGGACACUCCCUGUCAGGCGUGUCUCUGCUCUCAUAGCGACGACACAGCCUCAAAACCCGAAAACAAAAUGGCGGACAGCCAGAGAGAGACGACGACGACGACGAUGAUGACGACGACCAGCAAUAAUAUCGCAAAAGACAAAGACGACCAUUUGAACAAUAACGACCACCACAACAGCAUGGAUCUGUCGGACUCGUCUGUCCGGAUGGCGGAUAAAGUAGCAGACGUGAGGAUGGAGGCGGCAGACGAUGAGGAAGAAGACAUUGAUGUCGAGGAGGACGAUGAAUGUGAUUCGUCAAAACAGGACACGACGGCAGACGGCAUGGACGUGGCGCGCGCCAGCCACAGCAGCGACUCCGCCACGGACUACGAGAGUUCACCGGGCACGGACUGCCGCCGGCUGAGCGAGUCGGAACAUUCGCUGUCCUGGCAUGGGCACCACGACUUCGUGAGCAGCAGGAUCCACGAGAUGCCCAAACCCCCGCCGGAGAUGAACUACCUGUCGGACACGAGUGUGAUGCCCCUGGACUACUCGCAGCCUUCGCACGUUAACUGAAGUGCUAAUAUUUAAACAAAAAUUUAAAAAAUUAAAAUUAUAUAUUAUAUUGGUAUCUGAUCACCAUGUUGUAUAACAAGUUGAUGGUGUCGUGUAAAAGAAAAUUGUGAUGUGGGAUUCCAUGUGUGUGGGUGUGUGGGUAAUUGUUUUGGCAUGCUUCCAUCAGAGAACUGUUCAAGCACGCCUAUAGCGGGCACAACCUCUGACUUCACAAGAUAGUUCUAAGAGAGGGAGAGGGUGAUUCCAUGUUGGAUACUUUGUAUUUGAAACUUCCAGAAGGAAUCACGAAUCCUCUUAUUUUGGAUUUCUGUGAUACGACGACUCUUUUUAUGGAAUACAAUCAAGCGGCAAAUGUGUUGUGAUCUUGUGAAUGAGUGUGUCUUCAUAUCUUCCACGGAUUAAGGAUUAUGUCCAAAAAAAACUCCCUACCCACAACUUCUUGGAUUAUCUCCGCCAUGAUGACCAUGGGAUUUACGCGAGGUCACAAAAGAAAAUGUUUCUGUUUGGAUUACCGACACGAUUUCAUUACGGAUUACCCGAGUUGUUCACGUAACCAACCUUCAUGGAUUACCUACUGUAUCGAAGUGUUCUCUAUUGUUGUUUACCGUUGUUGUUGUUGUUUUGUGUUCAGUAUGUACAGAAUUUCCACUGGUUUUCAGGAAUCAUUUAGUGUUACCGUUUUAUCGUAGUGCCGUUGUUACCUGUUGUUUCAGAGCCGAGGCAGCAUUCUCAGUUAGUAUUGGCAAAAGUGAGAACAGGUAUCUAAUUCACUAAACUUUUGCAACUUUGCGAUCAAGCAGUACAAUGUAAAAAGACUUGCAAAAAGGAUGCUUUGUCUAGUAAAGCCUAAGAGGGCUUUGUGAAUUAGGCCCCUGGUCACUAAGGGCACAUAUUAUUAUACAAGGGCUGAGUUCAAUUCAUUUUUUUUCUUCACGGACGCUAGAUAAACAAAAUUCGCCAGUU